CACCAACACAAAACUUUUGAAGUCUCAGAACACCAGCUUACCAAAGAUCUUUCUAAACACUUACUUACUUAGAAAUGGAGAUUAUUGCCAAAUGUCAGUAAAACACAAGUUUCAACAUUUCACCUAAAUAAUUUACUAGCCUCAGAUACCCCAAGCAUUAUAUUCGAUGAUAGAAUCCUUAGCUAUAACCCUCAACCCAAAUAUCUUAUUGUAACUCAAACGCUCUUUAAUGUACUUCACUCACCUUAACUAGCUACGCAAAAAGCUGGAAACACGAAAUAAUAUACUUCACAAGCUUACAGGUACCUUUUGGGGAACAGAUGCGGACGUUCUGCGUGCAACUGGCCUUAGCCUGGUGAACUUUGCGAGAGAAUACUGUGCUACCGUUUGGCUUACCAGCACCCACACUGAGAAGAUAGACGUGCAUCUACGUAAAAUUAUGUGCUGCACAGAACACGCUUUCCGUGUUCUGUGAUGUGGUGCAUCUCUGAUACUACACAGUCCAUCUCUACACAAUGGCUAUCAACGCUAAGCCACAUUCCCCCACUGCACCUUAGAAGACAGCAGGCCUUACUUAAAGAAGCACAUAAAAUAGCUAGCAUCCCAGAUUUACUAGCCCACCAAGAAUUUAUGUACCCUCAGAGUCUCCGGUUGAAAUCACGCUGGCCGCCCAACCAAACAGCGCAUUGCCUAAUGGUGAAGCCAUUUAAUCUAGAGGAGAAAUGGAAUAUUGAAUGGCGAUCAAAUCCACCUAACGCUGCUGCAUUGAACUAUGACCCAACCCGUAAGUGGAGUAUCUGAUGCAACGAAGGUAUCACAACACCCAGACUCGAUACUAUAUAGAAAGGCUAAUUUUCUACAUUAACCCGACC